GAGGCUGCACUUUCCUCUAAUCCUUGCCUUGUUCAGUUUCUUGCAAGAUGAAUUUAAUAGGAUUUGUGUUAGAACGGACAGACUUUCAGUGAGACAAAGCUCUACGUGUCUGCGGAUCUCGAUUAGCUAACUCCUUUGUUAAUAAUUAACAGUGAGCUCACUUGUAAAUGAAAGAAAUGGCUGCCUCUAGAACAAAUCUGAGGUUGGUCUUUGAAAGACGUGAGAAGAUUACUUCUCUGCCUUUGUAUUAUGAUGGGAUCCUGUGGAAAAAAAGUACAAGUCAUAAGGACUUCCAAAGAUACUGGUCAGAACUACGAGGCUCCUCAAUUUUCUUUUACUCCGAUGACAAAGAUGUGACAUACACAGAAAAGCUGGAUCUGCAGCAUUUCAUAUCUAUAGGAGAUGACAGCAGCCAAGCAGCUGGCUUCCGACUGCAUCUAGGCAACAGGGAGGUGAAACUGAAGGCUGAAAACAUUGAAACUAGAGAAGAAUGGAAAGGUUAUAUCUUUGUGGUCACUCAGCUGGAGGUUCCCAGUACUUUGUCACUACUGCCUGGGCAGGUGCUACACCUGAAAGAAGUGGCUGCACGAGAGAAAGAACGUCAGUAUACUGCACCAAGCGGACAAGAAUCACAGUGUUUUUUGGUAGAAAAACCUGAUGCAGAGGUGUAUGAUGAUUUAUUGAACACAAUGCCAGAGUGCUUCUAUAAAGUGUCUCGCAAUGAAGCUGAAGCUAUGCUAGAAAGGCACCCUGAGAAUGGUAGUCUGAUAAUAAGGCCUUCGACUGAGAGUUCAAACUACUCUGUCAGUAUCAUGACCACACAAAACAGUAAAGGUAUCAUAAAACAUUACAAAGUGACGAAUGAGGACCGUGGAUUUGUCAUUGAGCUGGAAAAUCCAGUCACAUACUCAACCCUCCAAGAAGUUGUUUACCAUUUUAUAAAAGUGACCAAUGGAGUUUUGAAACCAUACCUUGAUUCCAAACAGUAUUGCAACAAAAUUGAGAUGUCCAAAGAUGAAUGCACAAAGGUACAAAAGAGGCCGCUGCCAACGUCAAAAGUAGUUCCAAUUCAGCGUCUCUCAGUGUCUCCACCUGAAUAUCCAGGAGCCAGAUGCAGAGGCCCAGCCAAGGAAGAAACUGAACCUAAUUAUAUGAAUAAUGAAAUUCUUGGAAAACUGAACCAAAUGAACCUAGCGGAUGACAAGCCACCCAGUUACACUGCUCCAAAACCAUGGUGUCUAAAGCAUCGUACCAAAGGUGAAGAUGAAACAAGUGAACUUAUGGCAAAGCUGAUGAAGAGACGGGAAAGAAUGGGAGAUGAUCCGUAAACACGAUGCACACUUCCAAGAAUAUUAUUACAACAAGCCCUUGUCUUAUUAAAUUAGCAAAUGUUAGCAUGUUUGGAGUGUAUCUAAGUCAAAAAUUACUAAUCUUUUAACAUCAAAACUUUAAAAAUGAUAGGAAUAAUCAAAGGAAAUAAUUCACAGAGUUAUAAAUUACUUUUAUUUUGAAGCUGAUCCCAGAUAAAAAUCUGAUUUCUGAA